AUGUUAUACUAGAUUUUUACUUUUUAAAAACUGCCAAGCGAUUUUUAACUUAUAUAAAAUGUUAAAAAAGGAAACGUUGAAAAAAAAACUAACAACCUUUGGCUUGCUCUGGCUGAUAUGAAGUUGUCUCUGCUCUAACUUCUAAAGUUGACUUUUUUUACUAUUCCACGAGCAAAACAUGUUGGGAAGCAGAACCGGCAAAGCGAUUGGCCGCUUUGCAAACAAGUGUGCCAAGCACUGGCAAGAGACGUCGCAAGGAAGACAGCAACACCUGAGCAGCGUCAGGCAACCCAGGAACAUUGGAGUUGGCGGUUACUCCCUCCUGGCGAUCCCGGCGGCAACGUUCGCCCUUGGGACGUGGCAGGUCCAGAGGCGCAAGUGGAAGCUGCAGCUCAUCGACGAACUGAGUCGGAAGACGGAGCUGCCUCCAGUGGACCUCCCCGAAAGCCUCUCGGAGCUCUCCUCGAUGGAGUACCAGCGGGUGCGAGUGGUGGGGACUUUCGACCAUGCGCGCGAGGUCUACGUGUGUCCCCGGUCCCUGAUCCAGUCGGGAGACAGCGAAAAGCAGUCCGGUGGAUUGCUCUCCUCCUCCAGCCAGACCGGUGCCCUCGUCAUCACGCCCUUCAAGCUCGCCGACAGGGAUGUGAGCAUCUUGGUGAAUCGGGGCUGGGUACCCAGAGCAAAGACAGCCCCCGAGUCCAGAGCACAGGGUCAGAUUGAGGGAGAGGUGCAGCUGACUGGAAUAGUCCGGAAGCCCGAGAAGAGACCCCCCCUGGGCCCCAAGGAGGGCCACAGCGGCACUGUCUGGCUCUACAAGGACAUAGAAGGCAUGGCACGCUUCCUCGACGUGGCCCCCGUCCUGAUUGAUGCUGACUCGGCAAGUACCAUAACAGGGGGCCCUGUCGGAGGUCAAACCAAGGUCACCCUGAGGAAUGAGCACUUCUCCUACAUUUUGACCUGGUAUUCCCUCAGUGCAGCCACCACAUUUCUCUGGUAUUCAAAGUAUGUGCUAGGGAAGACUUUGAUGUGACGUCGACGGUGAUUUUAUAGAAUGUAUUGUACUUUAUAAUAAAUUAAUAGGGAUUACCAUCAAA